AUCGUCUGGACCUUGCUUGGCAAUGUGCUAGUGUGCGCUGCCAUCGUCCGCAGCCGCCACCUGCGCGCCAAGAUGACCAACAUCUUCAUCGUAUCCUUGGCGGUCUCAGACCUCUUCGUCGCAUUGCUUGUCAUGCCGUGGAAAGCCGUGGCUGAGGUGGCUGGGUACUGGCCCUUUGGGGCGUUCUGCAAUGUCUGGGUGGCCUUUGACAUCAUGUGCUCCACUGCCUCCAUCCUGAAUCUAUGUAUUAUCAGUGUAGACCGCUACUGGGCUAUCUCCAGGCCCUUCCGCUACGAGCGAAAGAUGACCCAGCGUGUAGCCCUGGUCAUGGUGGGCCUGGCCUGGACUUUGUCCAUCCUCAUCUCCUUCAUCCCGGUCCAAUUCAAUUUGCACAGAGACAAGGCAGGCUCCCAGGGCCGAGAGGACCUACUGUCUAAUGGGACGCCUUGGGAGGAAGGCUGGGAACAAGAAGGGAGGUCGGAGAACUGUGACUCCAGCCUGAACCGAACUUACGCCAUCUCCUCCUCGCUCAUCAGUUUCUACAUCCCAGUGGCCAUCAUGAUCGUGACCUACACUCGCAUUUACCGUAUUGCACAGGUGCAGAUCCGCCGGAUCUCCUCUCUGGAGAGGGCAGCUGAGCAUGCUCAGAGCUGCCGGAGUCGCGGGGCCUGUGAACCUGACCCCAGCCUGCGAGCAUCCAUCAAGAAGGAGACCAAGGUCUUCAAGACACUGUCAAUGAUCAUGGGGGUCUUCGUAUGCUGCUGGUUGCCUUUCUUUAUCCUGAACUGCAUGGUUCCUUUCUGCAGCACUGGAGAUGGUCAGGGCCCAAGGACUGGCUUUCCUUGUGUCAGUGAGACCACCUUUGACAUAUUCGUCUGGUUUGGCUGGGCCAACUCAUCUCUCAACCCCAUCAUCUAUGCCUUCAACGCUGACUUCCGGAAGGUGUUCGCCCAGCUGCUGGGAUGCAGCCACCUCUGCUUCCGGACCCCUGUGCAGACUGUGAACAUUAGUAAUGAACUCAUCUCCUACAAUCAGGACACUGUCUUCCACAGGGAGAUCGCUGCUGCCUAUGUCCACAUGAUCCCCAAUGCGGUGUCCUCUGGAGACCCGGAGGUGGGCGAGGAGGAGGAGGAGGGGCCUUUUGAUCACAUGUCUCAAAUCUCUCCAACAACCCCAGACGGUGACCCAGCCGCUGAAUCUGUCUGGGAGCUUGACUGUGAGGAGGAGGUUUCCUUAGGCAAAAUCUCACCUCUCACCCCCAAUUGUUUCCAUAAAACUGCUUAG